AUGGCGAAAGCUUCAAACUUUCUGCAGUCAACUCUCCUCCCAUCUUCCUCCCCUCUCCGCAACCUCCACACCCAUCCGUUAACCCUCUCUUUCCCUCCUCUCCCUUCCUCCCGACCGAGAAUCCACUUCCACUGCUCUGUUUCAACCGGUGAGACCACAAAACGAACCGUGGAGGAAGCAGCCCCUGACAACAUAUCAUGGGGCUGCGAGAUAGACUCAGUAGAGAACGCCACUUCUCUCCAAAAAUGGCUCUCAGACUCAGGCCUCCCGCCUCAGAAAAUGGCUAUUGAUAAAGUCGACAUCGGAGAGAGAGGUCUCGUUGCCUCUCAGAAUCUAAGAAAAGGAGAGAAGCUUCUCUUUGUUCCUCCUUCUCUUGUUAUCAGUGCUGAUUCCGUGUGGACUAAUGGUGAGGCUGGGGAAGUGAUGAAACGUUAUGAUGUUCCGGAUUGGCCUUUGCUAGCUACUUAUCUUAUAAGUGAAGCGAGUCUUCAGAAGGGUUCGAGAUGGUUUAAUUAUAUCUCUGCUCUUCCCAGACAACCUUACUCGCUUUUAUACUGGACUCGGACAGAGCUUGAUAUGUACUUGGAAGCUUCACAGAUACGAGAAAGGGCAAUUGAGAGGAUCACUAAUGUUGUUGGAACUUAUGAAGAUUUAAGAAGCAGGAUAUUUUCCAAACACCCUAAUCUUUUCCCUAAAGAGGUUUUCAAUGAUGAGACAUUCAAGUGGUCUUUCGGAAUCCUGUUCUCACGGUUGGUACGGUUGCCAUCUAUGGAUGGAAGAUUUGCCUUAGUUCCAUGGGCAGAUAUGCUUAAUCAUAACUGUGAGGUUGAGACAUACCUGGAUUAUGAUAAGUCAUCAAAAGGAGUUGUCUUUACAGCAGAUCGACCAUAUCAACCAGGUGAGCAGGUUUUCAUAUCGUAUGGGAAUAAAUCAAACGGAGAGCUACUGUUAUCUUAUGGGUUUGUUCCCAGAGAAGGAACCAAUCCUAGUGAUUCAGUGGAACUGGCACUGUCACUCAGGAAAAAUGAUAAGUGUUACAAUGAAAAGCUGAAUGCUUUAAAGAAACAUGGAUUAUCCACCCCUCAAUGCUUCCCUGUAAGAAUCACUGGUUGGCCAUUGGAGCUGAUGGCAUAUGCGUAUCUAAUAGUGAGCCCUCCAGAUAUGAGUAACAGCUUUGAAGAGAUGGCGAAAGCUGCUUCGAAUAAGUCAUCAACAAAUAAGGAUCUAAAGUAUCCUGAAAUCGAGGAAGAAGCAUUGCAGUUCAUACUAGACUCAUGUGAAACAAGCAUAUCAAAGUACAGCCGAUUCUUAAAGGAAAGUGGAUCAAUGGAUUUGGAUAUAACAUCUCCAAAACAAUUGAACAGAAAAGCGUUUCUGAAACAGUUAGCUGUAGACUUGUCCACCAGUGAGCGUAGGAUACUGUACCGUGCUCAAUACAUUCUGAGGAGGAGACUAAGAGAUAUAAGAAGCGGUGAGCUGAAGGCUCUCCGGCUUUUUAGUGGAAUUAGAAACUUCUUCAAGCCGUGA